GCUACUUGACAUCACCACUCUCCGCGUGUUCUGUCAGCUGAACGAAACCCUCCCAAACCGUACUUGGGGAGAGACGUUUGCACAACUAAGAGAAAAGGCCAAGCGCAUGUUGUCGUGUACCGCUAUCUCAUCCCUCAGUCCAAGAAGGCGCGUCAUCGUUCAUCGCUGAAGCGUUCGACCCGACGGAGCAAAUAGGAAGGGCGUCAGCGGAGGGGAGGGAACCCGCCCGGGAACUUCCAUUCACCAUCCCCUUCGUUGCCUCUCCUCCUUACAUUUCCUCUCUUCCUAAACGGAGAGGAGGAGGGAAAGGCACAAUGGACUCGCCGAUUGUCGAGAACGCGGGAUUGAAAAGAAAGAGGAGUCCUCUGAGUAAUGAUGAGAAUUCGGCGUCUGGGAGACCCGUACCGCCUGGGAUGAGUACGGGAAAUGUUACCCAGAUUAACUAUUUGGUCAAAGCGAGGGCGGAGAAGUUGGGCUUGAUUGAGGGCGAUGCGGAGACUUUCAGGGAUGUUUUGGGAAUGAUUGAUGAGUAUGAAGGUGAGAUAUAUCUGGUCUUUGCUCUGUGUACACAUACAGAUUUUGAGUUUUGUACUCUUUUUCAAACCCAAUACCCUAAAACAAUUAAGUCGGUUGUUCCAAGAAGCCUGGCGAAUAUCCUUCUUACAUAUUCCAUGAACAGCAUUAACAAGGUCCAGGUGUUUUACAACGUCACGAAAGUUUGGCCGCGAACUUGGGCGCAAAGCUCGUUGGUCCAUUGCUUUUGAAAUCAUUUGAGAAGCUAUUCAAUGAACCAAUCAAGAUCAUCCAGACUUCUCUGGCUUUAGAGCAAUCUAUAAGCUGGCUAGAUAUUGUUACAUUUGCUCGUACCAAUAUCUCCGACUUUAAGCCAGUUGAAGAUAUACCCGGAAUCAGAACUUACCGUGUCUGGAUCAAGGGAGGCCAGAUCGAGAUCUCCGAAGACGACUACCGAUUGAUUAUGUCGGGUGCUCCAGAAAGAAUGAUACCCACCCAACCCAUUGCUGAGGAUGAAUCUGCAGAAUUGGGAACGUUGAACAUCUUGGAAGCUCGUCUUGGGGUACUUAUUAAAAAGGCAGAUGUGGUUGCUAGCAAGGCGAGACAACUCAACUAUCACCUCAAAGGAAGAAAAGCAGCUGUGAUGACCAGAAAACAGGCAGAGCAACCUAAUUCCAUGAUUCCAGAAAAUAAUCAGGAUGCGAGACCCUUCUCACCACAACACGGCCCUGUUAACAUGAUGUCACCCAAAUCUGCCCAUAUAGAACCAACAACAAAAAUGCAGCAACAACUGUUGGAGCAAUUCCUGGCUGGUGAUAGACGUCAAUCCGCACCGCCGCAAGCUCGCGCUAAACCUUCUCGGGCAACAGCAGAGCCUCUGGUCGGGCAGGUCAAUUAUAAUGAGAAUCCCCUACACGACGCUCGUCGUUUGUCUCAACCAGCAGCGCUCUCGGACGAUGGCGCGGAGAAUCAAUAUCGAGUUUUGAUGGCUGCAAAGAUUGACAAGCUGGCCAAGGGCGAUGCCAUCUUCCCACCUUGUGACAGAUGUAGACGAUUGGGAUUUGACUGCGCUAAACAUCUCACUGCUUGCAGUGCUUGCACCAAGAAACAUGCCAAAUGUUCUUGGAAGGAAAUUAGAGAAGGCGAAUUGGAGCAUUUACCGCAAUUCCAAAGCGGCAAUAUUCAGCAGCUUCAGGGUUAUGGUUCGGUGGAAAAUGGGGGAGGAGUGUCGGUCGUGGAAGGACAUCUUGAUUCAGGCUUGAGAGACAAUAUGCACAUGGGCUCAGCGAUGCCACAUGCUAGCAUUGAGAAUCGCAUGGAUCAUUUUGAGCAAGGUCAAUUUUUCGAUCGACGAAUGGGUCGAGACCAUGCCACUUUAACUCAAAUGGCAUCCGCGGCAGCUGCUGCGGGAAACCGAUAA